AUGGGCAAAAGCGCACGUAACAAGUCUUCCGCGACUUCGGGGACUCGUAAAAAGCAAGCUGCAAAGGCCGCUGCUAAGUAUGGUUCUGACGAGGAUACGCGGCAGGAUAUAAAAAGCUCGCAGCUCAAAAAAAUGAGCAAAAAAGAGCGCCGGCAGCUCGCUAAGAAGAAAGUCUAUGUUCCGCCACCGAAACCGCCACAGCCGCCCCCAUUCGCGCUGGACUCUAUGGGAUUGGCGAGUCUUUUGCCGCCAGACUUGGUGGUACUUUUGCGUAAGGCGUUGAAAAAAGAUAUUGUUACUCGUGUGCGCACUUUGGAGAGUCUUCUUAGCUGGAUUCAAGGCCAGCCGAUUGGUGAAGACACGCAGUCGCUUUCGGAAGAGGAACGCAUCAAUGCACUUAUCAUAAUGCUACCGUGCUGGGUGUAUCUCUUCCCACGGUUAGCGCUAUCUCCGUCGCAACGGCUGCGAUUUUUGACGCUGCAAGUCCACGCAAGACUCUUGCAGCCUGCGCCCGACAGCAGCGUACGCGACGAAUUACUAGCACACAUACACAUUGAGCCGAUCAUUGGAUUCUGGGCCGUAUUAACUUACGAUACCAGCCGCAGCGUCGCGCGUCUCGGGCAGCAGAUCUGGGCUGACGUUAUGACGUGGGAGCCUAUAGAAGAAGGCAAGCUUUCGAAAAUAUCCUUGGAAGAGUACAUGCCUGUUAUGCUGCAGCAUUUGCUCCCUGUAUUGCUCACACCAUCGGCCUCAAUCGCUUUGUCGCAGUUCAGCGCGUCGCUACAAAGCGUACAGACCCCGAACCCCGACAUGGGUGGCUCACGCGAGCUCGAUGCAAAAAAUCGGGACGAUGCGAACGUCGACGAGAGCGCUGAGGAGCUGGAUCGUCGGCUUGUGGCGGGCGCAUUGGGAUUACUGCAAGCAUUAGUUUCACAUGCGCCAUCGCUUGGCGACGUAUCGAUCGAUACGUUUAUCGAGAGCGAUACGUUAUGGAGCACAUUGCAGGCGCAUCCCAUGUUUGAUACGCCUUCGCUUGGCAUGGAAGCGCCUAUCGUGCGACAGCGAGCCUGGCAGUUUUUGGCCAUCCUUGAUAAGCGUGUACCUGCGAUGGUCGAUGCGCAUCUCGGGACGAUUGCACAACAUGCCAUGGCUGGCGCAUGGGCAGAGAUGGACGUGCUGGUAGUUGCAGAUAUGCUUUCAGCGCUACUUCCUUUGCUACGAAGACGUCCAGAAAUGUGGACCAUGGAAGAGGAGGAGGAGGAUGACGACGAAGAGCGUGGCGAUGCACUUGCCCAGUUCCUUGCAUGGGUCGAAACGAUUGGCGUGCAGGCACCAAGGCAGUGCUUCCCUGCCGUCAUUGUAUUUUUAUCGACAAUGACAACCAAUGUGCUGCCUCCCACGACUGCCGCAAGCGAUGCUGUAAUGAAUCCACUCUUGGCGAUUGCGCCUUCCCUCUUGGGCAGCGUCGGUGGAAUCGACCCGAUGGGAUGGGACGCAUACGUCAACAUGCUCGGUGAGUGUAUUGUAUUCCUCACGCGUCGACUUGUCAAAUCUGGCGUGGCAUCUACAGACAUUGCCGAGUUCCUCGACGAGCACCUUAGCACCAUGUGGGAGGAGCAAGUGCUUGGACAUGCACAGGACGAUGUGCAGAUUCCAGUGAGGUUUGGGAAAAAGGCAGCGCCCGUAUUGGGUCGGACGCUUGCGCAUUUGGACGAGACUUUGGACGGUACUUGGAUAUUGCAGCCGAUUUUAUCCACAAUAAAAUCGGGCCUCGAUGCGCCUGUCGAGUCUUUGCCAGCGGUUGCGCUGACGCUAGAAUGGGCACUCCGGACGGCACAAAUGCAAACGCCUCCCCGGACCGACCUGGUUCAUGCAGUGCGCCGUAUGGGCGGCACAGUAAUUUUGUGUGCGGCGAAUGCAGCAAUCGAGCAUGUAGAAGCGCUGUCGACCUUGACAGGGAUCCUCAGCUCGCCACUUGGACAGAUGUGCGAGCCCGCAAAUGAACGGCUCAAAACGCUUGCAUUCAAACACAUCCCCCAGGAAUCGUACCACGAUGUUGGACAAUUUUACACCGCGUACCUGGCAAUCGGUCCCAGUGAAGAUGACCGUGAUGCGGUGUGGACUGGUGUGCUUGGCCAAUGCAUGCCGCCCAAUGUAGACCAACUCCCAGAGCUGCUCUAUCUCGCAAACCAUGCAUCACUGCCACCCGCUGCAAUCCUCUUGCCCUGGCAAGAGCGGAUUGCCACGCAACCACUUUCGGCUGCAUACUUGGCUCUGUUGCAAGUGCCAAACUUGCUCGAUGCGCGCGCAGAAGCUGCUCUGCUAGACACUGCAGCGGCGGAACUCGAGCAUGGGAGUGUCCAAAAGAGUGCAGCAGUACUUGCAGCAUGGCAAGCCCAGGAUCCUGCUGCACGUACGCAAAAGCUGCUCAACACACCCGCUUUGCGAAAUAAAUUAUCGCAAUUGUACACUGCUGCAUUUUUGUACGAUACAACUGUGCCGGCCGCCCAAACACUCUGGGAUGCACUGUGCAAAGGAUCGAAACAUGCACCAGUCUUGGACGAGGAGGCUACUGCAGCGCUGCGCUUCGCAUUGCUUCACGAUAUUUUUCCCGCAGCGCGUGUCGUUGCAGCGGCAAAUAGGCUGGAACACGAGCCGGGCACGUCUCCGAUAUUGAAAAUUCUGCCGGACAAGGCGCGCAUUGAUGCGUCGAUGUUUGUUGCUGUACAUGGAGGAACGAAUUCCAUGGUAGGGAUUGUGGACCCACUUGUCCCGCUUGAGCAGCAUAACGGUGAUUGGCAUGCACUUGCAUGUGUCGCCAACGCAUUGCUCGCUGCGCUGCAAAGUGACCAAAGCCUAGCGCCACACUUGUCAGGCGCACUUCCGUGCCUGUCCAUGGCCGCAGUGGCCCUGGAAGAUGCAUUGUUCAUGGGUGACGAAGCGCAAGCCGCACACUUUUGCAAGGGCGAACCGUGGACCAGCGCGGCAAAAAGACAAAUUGUUUACUUUAUCCAAACCUGCACGCGACUCUUGACGAGCUUGGCUGUCGGUCUCGAGCCUUUGUGGCAUGAACGCUGUGUUGCACACAUACAACGCGAAGGCGAAGCGCCAAGCGCACUCGCUAGCAUUCUUGCCGAUCUCUGGGCCCAAGGUAUGGAAGCCAGCGACACGAGCCUCUAUGCACGCAGCUUUGCCCGCAUCCUCACCGGUGUAUUCUCGCUGAGCUCAGCAUCGGCGAGCGAUGCCGAGCCUUGGAUCCAAUUAGCGCGCCGGAAACAAGUGGCACUACCGCUGCGCGGUGCUCUGCUCUGGGCUACGCGCUUUGCAUACGAAUCGCAGGCACACGACAGGGUACGUAACGAGCUGAUUGCGACGCUGGGGGGUGUGCCGCCGGCAAAGGCGAAUACGGAAGGUAUCGCGUGUUUGACCCUACUCCAUUGUGCGACACUUGCGGAUGCGAGUGUCGCGCUUGUUGCUACGCAGCGUGCAGUAUCGGCCAUGCAAACGGUCCACCGCUGGAUUACCAGCGACGAGGACCUGGACGACGCCUUAUUUACACGAUUGGCCGCAGUGUGUGUCGAACUUACGCCUGUGCUACACAUGGUCCCAGGCCGACACCUCGAUCUGUUUGUGGACAUUGUAGAAGAAAACUUGGAGGCUGCCCAUGUCGCCGAGGAUACCAGUUGGUGCACACUCUUCCACACAUUGACCUUGCUAGACACGCUGUAUGGUCUAUCCCAAUCCGAGGCAGUUGCAGACGUAAUGACCGCACGCCGCGAUGGGCUGCGCAGCGCAUUGCACAGUAUUUUCCUGCGCCUCUGCACUUUUUUCACGGAGCUUGCGGGACAAUUUGUGCCGAGCGAUGCGCAUCAUGCCGUGCUGGCCCUCUUGGUCCGUAUUGUCCAGGACCAUGUCCCUACAAAAGCGUUUGCGCAGGACCGAGGCACACUGGUCGCGUUCUUGACUACUCCUACGGCAGCAACGACCUUGCACAUUACAGCUUACACCUUGUACAGUGCCAUUAUACAAGAAACGGUACGCGAGCAAGUAGUCGAGCUGGCUGUCGACCCGUCCAAGAGCAGUGAUGUUUCCAUGGACUAUGCCUUGCUACAUGCGCUGGAGCAGAAAAAGCCGCUGAUCGAGAUAUGGGAGGCUCCGGUAGAAAAUCGCAGUGCCGUGUUUGCUUUCCUCCUCUGUUGGCUGUCUGUCUUGGACCACUUUGUGGAAGCGUCGCUGUCACUUAAAACAAUGUAUGCCGCGUCGCUGCAACGUCAUUCGCUUGCCUCUGACCAAUUGUUCCCGAGCUUGUUUGCUUUGAUGGGUGGCGCUCCACGCGCAUUGAUGCCCGUGCAACCUGUGGAGCUUAGCCGCUACGCGGUAGACGAGGUGGACCUUGUUACAAUCAAUCCAAGCAACGCUUCGUCGUUGCAAGUGCUCGCGGCACAUGUUUAUUUCCGUGCCUUGGUGCAUUUGCCAACACAGGCCAGGGAUUGGUGGCUCGGCGUCCGUGAUAGGCGACUUUCCCUGAUGGUCAGCCAUAUCACAAGCAAACACUGCACGCCGCUGCUAGCGGAGCGGGAAUUGAGCCACUUGCGCGAUCCUGGGGCAUUAGAGCGACUCCAGGAUGAGGCAAUGGCGACCAAGAUUUUGUCUAGCCAUGAAGUCGUCGCGACGUAUACAGUCGAUGAGCACCCCAUGGAAAUUGGUUUGCGUCUUCCAAGUGAUUACCCGUUGCAUGGAGUCGAAAUUCGUGAUAUCAAGCGCGUUGGUGUGAGUGAGGCGCAAUGGCGUGCGUGGCUAUUGGCCGUACAGCAAAUGCUCAGCGGGAAGAAUGGACUCAUUUUGGACGCCCUCAUGUUGUUCAAGCGGAAUGCAGAGACCAAGUUUCAGGGAUACGAAGGCGCAGAAUGUGCUAUAUGCUAUUCAAUCAUCUCACCGACGGACGAAACAUUGCCAAACAAAGCUUGUCGUACAUGCAAGCACAAGUUCCACGGUAGUUGCUUGUACAAGUGGGUGAGUACGAGUGGCUCGUCGACCUGCCCAUUGUGCCGUUCUAUUCUGUAG